AUCAGUUUUUUCAAAUUUUAUUUUAUUUUGAUUUUUAAUUUUUAAUAUUUUUUUUCAUCUGUGGUUCGUAGUGAUUUUUUUUGGUCGAAGAACAUGUCAUUGUAAAAAUCUUCAGAACUUGCUUCAAUGGCGAAAACCAAAGCUCCGAGACGAACCCUAGACACUUACACAGUCAAGCACAUCAAUCGCACCGUUAAAGCUGGGGAUUGCGUUCUCAUGCGGCCUUCUGAUACUGGAAAGCCUUCGUACGUGGCGAGAAUUGAGCGGAUCGAGGCGGACGGCCGUGGAACCAACGUGAAGGUUCAUGUUCGGUGGUAUUACCGACCUGAGGAAUCUCUCGGCGGCCGCCGUCAGUUCCAUGGCUCCAAAGAGGUAUUUCUCUCCGAUCACCAUGAUGUUCAGAGUGCGGAUACUAUUGAGGGGAAGUGUACGGUCCACAGCUUCAAGAGCUAUACUAAGCUAGACGCAGUGGGAAACGAAGACUUCUUCUGUCGUUUUGAGUAUAAUUCAGCCACUGGUGCUUUUAACCCAGACCGAGUUGCCGUGUAUUGCAAGUGUGAGAUGCCUUAUAAUCCCGAUGACUUAAUGGUUCAGUGCGAAGGCUGCAGUGACUGGUUUCAUCCUAAUUGUAUAGAAAUGACUCCGGAAGAAGCAAAGCGACUCGAUCACUUCUACUGUGAAAGCUGUUCUUCAGAGAGUCAAAAGAAGUUGCAGAAUUCACAUAAUGCUUCCAGAAUUUCAGAUACAAAGGUCGAUACAAAACGGCGUCGGAGGUGAUACGAAAUGUGACCAGGUGAUGUCGAAUGGCGCCGGUGGAAGUGGCGGUGGUUGUGCCUCGUUGUCUAAUUCCGUGGUGGGUAGAAUUAACGCGCCGCCGUAGUAUCAGAAAACCAUUAUGCGUGUUUCGCCUGAAAUGUGAAAUGUAGGUCUAGGUGGUUGUGGUGGUGGUGGAGGAUGUAUUUGCUUUCUCCUUAAUUAUAUUAUAUAUGUGUAUGAAUGUAAAUACUCGUAGAAGUUGUGAAUACUGAGUAGUCAAAAUACUUGUUAUAAUUAGUAAUAGAAACAGAGCUUUUCCACAAUGAUAUGAUGAGAACAAUUCCCUCUCUCA